AAGAGUUUCAAAAGCUCCUACAGCGUGAAGCUCCACUACAGAAACGUUCACUUAAAAGAGAUGCAUGUCUGCACAGUGGCCGGCUGUAACGCUGCCUUCCCCUCCCGGCGAAGCAGAGACAGAAACAGAAAUUUACGGAUGGAAAGAACCAUAGGUCCAGGACAUCGGAACACCCUGCAUCUCCGUAGCAAAAGAUUAGAAAGCUGAUCUUAUUAUCACAAGACACAGUGCCAACAUAAACCUGCACCGAAAACUGUUGACCAAAGAACUGGAUGACAUGGGCCUAGACUCAUCUCAGCCCUCCCUUAGCAAGGACCUCCGUGACGAAUUUUUGGUGAAGAUCUACGGUGCACAGCACCCAAUGGGACUUGACGUCAGGGAAGAUGCCUCCUCCCCGGCAGGCACUGAAGAUUCCCACAUGAACGGCUACGGGAGAGGCAUGACUGAAGACUACAUGGUCUUAGACCUGAGUACCACCUCGAGCAUCCAGUCGAGCAGCAGCAUCCAUUCCUCCAGAGAGUCCGAUGCAGGGAGUGAUGAAGGGAUUCUCCUGGAUGACAUUGAUGGGGCGAGUGACAGUGGGGAGUCUGCACACAAGGCUGAGGUCCCUGCCCUCCCUGUAGGCAUUGGGGCUGAAGUUCCUGGAUCCCUCAUGUUCAACAGCGUGUCUGUGAGCAAUGGUGGAAUAAUGUGCAACAUCUGCCACAAAAUGUAUAGCAACAAGGGGACCCUGAGAGUGCACUACAAAACGGUGCAUUUGAGAGAGAUGCACAAGUGCAAAGUCCCGGGUUGCAAUAUGAUGUUUUCCUCUGUGCGCAGCCGAAAUCGGCACAGUCAGAACCCUAAUCUCCAUAAAAACAUUCCCUUCACUUCAGUAGAUUAGUUUAAGGAUGGACACUUCAAAUGCCAGCUCUCACCAGAUGGCCUACAUGUUUGAACUGCCAUAUUCAGUCUGUGUGUAUGUGUGUGUAUAUAGAUAUGUAGAUACAUAUGUGUAUAUACACACAUAUGCCUGUAUGUGU